GCGGGCGAAGCUUCGGCCGGCCGCGCCCGGCCAGUCCCGCAGCGGCCGCGGUGGGUGCGCCCCACGGUGAGCGCCCCGGGCCCCAGGCCGAGCCGCCGGCGAGAGGCCGCCCGAGGGGUGCGCGUCCCGGCCGACCCGCGUGCGCCAGCCCGGGACUGUGCGCCCCGAAGCCGGGCGGUGCGCCGGCCUCCCGCCGCUCGCCAAGGAUUCCCUGACAAAUUUUACAGACUUACUGGAUGAAGAGUGCCUGAGAGACUGACAGUCAGCAUUCCUGAAGAUGGAGAAGACAGAUGCCAGAGACCAGUCCUCCCACAGUGAUGAAGAGAAAGUCCCUCCAAAGAGCCACCCCUACUCCGUGGAGACCCCAUAUGGCUUUCAUUUGGACCUGGACUUCCUCAAGUAUGUGGACGACAUUGAGAAGGGAAACACCAUCAGAAGGAUUCCUAUCCACAGGAAGGCCAAGCAGGCCAAGUUCAGCACCUUGCCCCGCAACUUCAGCCUUCCUGACAGUGGGGCUCGCCUCCAUGCCACUCUUCCCUACCAGAGUUGGGCCCCAGUGGUGACAAGGAAGGUGUCGCUAGGGACUGAAGAGAGAGCCCAGUCAGUGCCGCUUGGGGAUCGCCCCCAAGCUUCCGCCGGCGGCAGUGAGGUGAGCUACCACAGGAAGGCCCUGCUGGCCGAAACCGCCAGACAGCUGGAGGCUGCUGCCCCCAGGGAAGCUGAGCUCGCCUCUGGGAGUGGACGGCCCCAACUUCUGAGAGCGUCCAGCAUGCCAACCGCGCUGCUGCAAAACAGGGCCUCAGAGGACCCAAGCCUAAACUCAGGUCCCCCACUACCCCCUGCCCUCCCUCCGCUGCAGGGAGAAGGCAGCGUCUGUGGGGGCACCUUUGGCCCCGCAGAAGGAUUUGCAGGUUUUUACAACUCCAUUCCACGAGCAGCGACCCAAUCAAAAGUCAGAGAGUUUGGAGACCUGGUGCCAGGGAUUCCAGAGCUGGUACGGGAGGGGGCUGAGCCUCCAGAAGGUGAAGAAGGGGCUCCAGAUCAUCUCUCUUUCCCAAGUCCUCCUUUCUCACCCCAGAAUGCACUUGUAGUUCUACAAGGUGCAGAGGAUGAACACAAAACCAGAGAAGCUGAGGUGGUGGUCUCUCCAGGGUCCCCAACACCAAGCCCCCCGCCUCUGCCAUCACCCAUUCCUGAGAAUGAGCUCCCCCUAGAAGAAAUUGAGCUCAGCAUCAGUGAGAUCCCACCCCCGCCACCUGUGGAGAUAGACGUGAGAAGCAUCGGUGUCCGGGUCACAGAGGAGAGCCUGGGCCUUGCCUCAGUGGAUCCCAGCAGCAUCUCUGGCCUGAAGCAGCAGCUCUCCAACCUUGAGGGCAAGUUGUCUGGAAGAACUGAGGAGCUGGCCCAGGUCAGAGCUGCCCUCCAGCAGCAGGAGGAGGAAAUCAAGGCCAGAGGCCAGAGGAUUCAAGAGCUGGAGUGCACUGUAGCUCAGUUAGCAGAAAAGCUGAGCCGCGAGCACUCCAAAGAUGCUCAGAGCCAGGCUGAUGCCACGGUCAACACUGACCCUCUCCAGGGGCCCUUGACUGGGGAGUCAUGUGACAAGAGCAUUGGGGUCAACCUUCUGGGCAGUAUAGGAUCUGAAAGCCGGGGAGCUGGAGGAGAGGAGAAUGGCCUCCUGCGGGGGCAAGAUGGUCACAAAUGGGGGGGUCAGAGCCCAGCAGAGCUUGUGCCACCACCGCAGCUGUCACUGCCGCAGGGACCUGAGAUGGUCCUCACGCCCUCUUUACAUAGCUGCCUCUCCACAGAGCUCAGGAUUGAAGAAGCAGGCCCUGAGCAGGAAGGAGGCCCCCAGGUGGGAGCCGAUGGUCUGGCCAGGAGAGCAGGAGGCUCUUCAAGGAGCAGCGACAGAAAGGCUCCUCCAGCAGGGAGGGAGGAGGCCAGUUCAGAGCUCCCGGGGAAGGAGCGCCCGGGAAGGCCACCCAGCUCGCCCACAGACGCCACCAUUGGGCAAUACGUUAAGAAGAUCCAGGAGCUCCUGCAGGAGCAGUGGAGCUGCCUGGAGCACGGGUACCCGGAGCUGGCCAGCGCCAUCAAGCAGCCCGCCUCCAAGCUCAGCAGCAUCCAGAGCCAGCUGCUGAGCUCCCUCAACCUGCUGCUGUCUGCCUACUCGGCCCAGGCUCCGCCCCCUGCCCCCUCUUCCUCUCCACCAAUGGAGAUCUCCCCGUCGACCAGCCUUAAAUCCAUAAUGAAAAAGAAAGACUAUGGCUCCCGUGCAGGAGGUAAUGGGACCAAAAAGAACCUUCAGUUUGUUGGGGUUAACGGUGGCUACGAGACCACCUCAAGUGAGGAGACCAGCAGCGAGGACAGCUCCCCGGAUGACUUGUCUGACAGUGAGACUGAGAAGAAAGGUGAUGUCCCAGAACAUAGGCGGGACAGGAGUGCCCACCCCAGCUGCAGGGCAGGGCAGGGCAUCCCUGAGGGCACCCACGGCACAGGCCCGGACAGCGGGCCUGGGGAAGAGCUCCCCCACCCCAGGGCUGAGAGAUUCAAACCCUCAGAGGAAUUCCUUAACGCAUGCCGGGCAUUGAGCCAACAUCUGCCAGAAACUGGGAGCACCACCGACCUACUCUUGAGACAAAGUUUGAACACCAUCAGUCAAGAGUGGUUCCGCGUCUCUAGCCGGAAGUCGUCUAGCCCUGCUGUGGUGGCCGCCUACCUCCGCGGGGUCCAGCCUCACUCCCCACACUUCCUAAAGCUGCUUGUCAACUUGGCUGACGGCAACGGGAACACAGCCCUUCACUAUAGCGUGUCCCACUCCAACUUCCCCAUCGCGAAGCUGCUGCUGGAGACAGGCGUCUGCAAUGUGGACCGUCAGAACAAAGCUGGCUAUACUGCGGUGAUGAUCACUCCCUUGGCUUCUGCAGAGGCUGAUGAAGACAUGGCUGUUGUCUGGAAGCUCUUAAGAGAAGGAAAUGUGAACAUCCAAGCUACUCAGGGAGGCCAGACGGCACUGAUGCUGGGAGUCAGCCACGACAGGGAGGACAUGGUCCAAGCGCUGCUGAGCCGCCAGGCAGAUGUUAACCUGCAGGACCACGAUGGAUCCUCAGCUCUCAUGCUGGCCUGUCACCGUGGCAACGCUGACAUAGUGCGGCUGCUCCUGGCACACCCGGCCUGUGACAGCAGCCUGACUGACAAGGCUGGCCGAACAGCUCUGUCCAUCGUUCUGAAAUCACCCGCCCAUGUGGAAAUUGCAGGGCUUCUGGAGGCCCACGCAGAGCAGGGCAGGUCCCUGGGGCCUUAGGGGCUAGGGAAAAACUGGCAGUUGAGAACAAAAGGCUGCUUCUCUGGACUCCUCCCUCAUCCUUGGAGAGGGCAUGGGUCAUAGUCAGAGGGCCACCCCUCAACAGAAGAAACUAUGUCAAAUAUGCACAUACAUUCCUGUUGUAUAAUUCUGCUCAUUAGGAUGCUUUGUAGUUUUUGCCUUAGGCCAAGCCCCAAAACAACAUGGGCUGCAGAGCAGGGGACAGGUGCAGGGGGCAUUGGUGUCACCUAAAAAUCCCAAACAUCUUCAGCCUUGAAUUCCUCAUGACCGUACUCUUGUUGCACUGUGUAGUGAGCAAGUAGCUAGGAGCACAUUAGCAAAGCAAUACUUUUUACAUGGAAUUUUAAAUCUCACUAUCUUUUUAUUUUUAAUCAAUUAUAUAUGAAUAUGCCCCACUGAAUAUGCAUGCCUAGAGAGGAUUGAGUGGAGAAGGUAUGUUAAGCAGCCACCCUGGCAAUCAUCCUCUAAAGGACCCUGGGAGAAUCACCAUGCAGACAGGUAAAACUGAACAAAUCCCAUCUUGGGGGCCUUUGUUCAAUUGGGGUUCACAGAAAAAUCUUGGAGUCAGAUAAAGUAAGGAGAAGCACAUUGGCAUCAGUGCCAGAUAUACAGUCUUGACCAUUUCCAAGUCAUCAAGUGGCUCCAGUUUGCUCCAGGAAAGUUGGAAUGAAUCAGAAAACCCAGUCCAAUGAAGCCCACCACAUGCAUUGGGCCAGAUUCCAGUUACAUCAGCUAUUCUGAAUCUGUGAAAAGAACAAACAAAUGGGAGUGAGCAUCCUCCUGGGGCUGGGUUACUGCCUUCCAAAACCACCACUUUCCCCCCAUAGUUGUAUCCAUGGCCUUAGGGCUGUUCCCUUCACAAUGAGCCCCAGUGAGGCUCUGAGCUUUCUGAGGUUCCCUAAUGCAGAACCUGCCAGCCGAAGAGCAGGAGUGUGUGUUGUGGGGCCGGGCAGGGCCCACCCUGGGCUAACCUCUCUCCACUGGACAGGGCUUUCUGAAAAUCCCAAUUCCCGGGGGCCCCCAUGUGCAUGGCUCAUUCAGUAACUCACACAAGGUUAUCUAUGAAUGUGUUCUUUCUUAAGGUCUCUUAGGUAAAAAAACAAAACAAACAAAAAAGCACUUAUAUAGAAAGGAAAGACAUCAAAGUCCAGUGAACACUGGAAACGCCAAAGCUUGAGUUCUCAUUUUGACUCAUAUGCUGAUUUGGUUGGUGCCCCUUGGCUGAAUCACCAAACCUCCUUGGGGUCCUGGUUUCAUCGUCUCUGAAAACAGAAAUCAUCAUACAAGCCAACUCCCAGGGGUGUUGUACAAGGAACAGCUGAUGGCAGUUUUGGAAUCCAAUUUGUAAUCCAUAAAGACUGUCUACAGAAAUGGCACAGCAAAAUGCUGUACGCUGCUGGAAUUCACAAGAGGGCUCAAAUUCCCAGGGCAGAACACUGACGUAUGAUGGUAUUGCUCAGAGGUAGAGAGAAUGGAGAAAAAAUGAGCUAAAAAUGAUUUAAAUGGGUUCAUUUUGACCUCAAAGCACAUUUUAAGAGCAAAACCCGCACUAAUAAAUGUUCUAGUUCCGUGCUUCUCAAAUUUUGAUGAGCAUACAAAUCACCCAGAGAUCUUGUUAGAAUGUAGUACAUCUGAGGAGGGGAAGGGGCCUAAGAUUUUACAUUUCUAACCAGUUCUCAGGGGAUGCUGAAGUUGCUGGGCCACACCAUCCUUUAAGUAGCAAGACUCUGGCCUGUCUUGACUGUUAAACUAUAUUAAAAUGCUCCCUCUCAAUCUUUUGUCUCAAAAUUUCUUUGCAUUUCUCUGCUCUUGGUUCUUGGGAAUUUGCAAUGUGGGACUUAUUUACUAGCAUGGCUUUUCAGACAGCAGAAAGGGGUCUGUGGUCCUAGUUGCCAAUUUAGGGUCUAUUUAUGUAUCUCAUAAGGUGACAACUUUCAUUUGGUCACAUUUUUAAAAAUUAUCUCAUUUGAGUCCAGCUAAAAACAGCUUACUUACCAGAGAAGGCAAACUGGUGGUCCUAGAAUUUGAAGCCAGUGAAUCAUUACAAAACAGACUUUGUCCAUCCUUUCUAAUAUUUUUAUUAAGUUUCGUUUAAUCUUGCAUUUGGAACAUGAACAUAUGAUCUUAUCCCUUACAACCAUUCCAUUCUGUCGGAAUGUCUGAGCCCAGAACCCAGUGAGAUGAACAAGCACAGCCUGUCUCCCUGACACUCUCUCUUAGCUCUAGAAUUCAUUCAGCAAAUUCUCUGCUGAAACCAGCCAGGGUCCUGACACUGUUUCAGGCACUAGCUUUCAGAAAGCAGCAAUGGUCCCUUCUAGAAAAACAGUGUCUAUGGUUACCACAAUCCCAAACCCAGACUUUCCAGGACUUUAAGCCAAGGAUCCACUGACUGAUUAAGACAUUUGUCAAGUACCUUGCAGCACAGACUCUAAACAACAUAAAUGAGACUUAUUGGGGACAUUUAUUAACCUCAGGCCUAGAGAGAGACCCACAGAUAUUUUAGCUCCCUUCAUUGCCUUCAAGGAGCUUACACUCUGCUCUUGAAAGACAGGACAUGUGCCAACAGCAAGGAAUAAGACCAGGCAACAUAGUUCAAUCUACAAAUAUUUCUGGAGUGCCCACUGUGUGCAGGCCCUGGGCUCACAUUCAGGAUAUCAUAGUGCAGACUGCCACUUCACCAUCUACUUGGGAAAGCAGAAUAGUAAGAAGGAAGCCCGGAAUACUACAGGGUUUCCAGUAAAGGGCACCACAGCUGGUCACAGAAGUCAAGGGAGGCUUCCUGGAGGAAGAGAUGUCUGAAUUGAAUGCUUAAAGGUUAGUGGAUGUUAGCCCAACAAGGAAGAGGAGUGAGAGAUGAGAAGGAAGAGUGUACCAGAGAGUCCAGUAUUGGCCAAGGCUGAAAGAAGUGAGACCAGGCAUUUGGGGAUGUCCAUUCAGUUCAGUAAGACUGGAUUUUGAAGAGACGACAAGACUGAAAAUGCAUGGGGAUCUGAUCAUAAAGGACCCUAAAACCGUUGUAAGACUUUGUUCUAAAGGCAAUGGAGAGCUACCGAAAACCAGAUUUAUGAUUAAGAAAUCCAUUCAUCUAACUCCCACUUAACACAGAUUUAUCAGCUAACUACUCCCUUCCAAAUACUGCGUUUGGGGCUGAGGACAUGCUGGUGGGCAAGUUAGAGAACUUCCAGUUUAGCAGGAAAGGAAGACAAGUCACUUGGCACGGUAUGUUGCAUGCUGCAACUGGGAAAGUACCCGGUGCUGUGAGGACACAUGGGUGGGACACGGCCUAAUCUGAGGGUGGGAAGGGGGUCCAGGAAGGCUUCCUGAGGAAGAGUUGAGCUAAAAUCUGAAGGAUGGGUACUCAUUAGCCAGGCAAAGAGGAGCAGAGGAAGAAGCAUGUAUAAUGUCUCGAGACAAGAAAGAACACUGACAUGGGGCAUUAAAAGAACUUCAGUUUCUGGAAUAGGAAAACAGAAUAAUUGCAAGAUGAGGCCGGAGAGAAAGCCGCUGAGACAAUUUUGGACCUGAAGGAAAUGGGAACACAGGAAGUGACACUCAGGUUUACAUUUUAGAGCACUCCAGUUUUUUGGGCAUGAGUGACCUUUAUUCAAUAAACAUCUGUGGACUCCCUAUUCUGGUGGAGGAGAGAUAAGCUGACGAGUCUGCAAUAGCAUGAGUAAUGGAGGUCUGCAUAGUAUUGUGGAGACAGGGCCAGAGGGAGUCAGGGAAUACUCAAAGAGGAGGUGGCUUUUGAGCUUAGCCAUAAGGAUGUGUAGGAGUUUGCCCAGACAUUCUAGAUGGAAGCAAGCAUAAAGAUGUGGAGUGUGAAAGAACAUGGUCUGUCUGGGCAAAGGAGAGAAUUUCAGAAUGACUUCAGUUUAGGUUGCCUGGGGUAUGGAAGGUGACUAGUGAGGAGAUUUGAGAAGGUCAGUAGACACAUCUGACUUGUAUGUUGAGGUUAAGAAUUUGGACUUGAGCCUGUAACUUGAGAGAAAAUCACAACUUCUUUGAGAAUAUGGAGCUUUCUUCAGAAAAAUGUACAUACAUGCAAAAUUUGCAUGUAAUUUCAGGGAUUCAGAAAUCUGUAGUUAAAAUCUCACUGCUAUGGAUAGUGGGGAGCCAUUGAAGAAUUUCUAAAUGGUGGGACCAUAUGAUCACAUUUCCACUUGAGAAUGAUCACACACACAGGCUAGAAAGAGACUAGAACAAAAGGAUCAGUUAGAAGGU